AUGACGCGUCUUCUCUCGUUCUGCGCGUUGUUUGGCUUGUCCUACGCGGCAACUGUCUACCGCGAGUGGGACAUUGGUUGGAUUACAGCAGCUCCGGAUGGCUUCUCACGACCUGUUAUAGCCGUAAACGGACAGUGGCCUCCGCCACUCCUUGAGGCAAAUGUUGGAGAUACCGUUGUCGUGCGUGUGAAGAACUCUCUGGGUGACCAGACGACCAGUCUCCAUUGGCAUGGUAUUAGCCAGCGGGGUAGCAUUAGCAUGGACGGCGCUGUUGGAGUCACGCAAUGCCCAAUCCCACCUGGGGGCGAGUUCACCUAUAAGUUUCAAGUCGACGUUCCUGGCGCGUACUGGUGGCAUAGUCACGAUCGGGGCCAGUAUCCGGACGGCCUCCGUGGUCCUAUGAUUGUUCACGACUAUGAAUCUGAAGCGGCGCUCGGUGUCGAUGAGCAGUAUACGAUGACUAUAUCGGAUUGGUACCAUGACCAAAUGCCGGGUCUUAUCGCCCGUUACCUUGGUCCACAAAAUCAACGCGGAACGCCUCCUAUCCCACAGUCAGGUCUCAUCAACGAUGCGCUUAAUCCUUCCUUCAACAUCCAGCCAGGAAAGAAGUAUUUGUUCAGAAUCAUCUCGAUGUCCGCCUUGAUUAACCAUUUCGUGCAAUUCGAGGACCACAACAUGACGAUUGUCGCAGUUGACGGCGUCUCAGUUGAGCCUAGGCCAGCCAGCCUGCUUCUGUUAGCCGCAGCUCAGCGCUACACCGUGAUUAUCACUGGCAAGGAGAACCCAACCAAGAAUUAUGCGGCCGUUGCACGGAUCGACGACACCAGGUUUCCCGAUGGUUUGCCUCCAGUUAACCAGGUCUUCGCCAAUCUGAAUUAUGGAGGCGAUCUGGCCGCCGCACAGUAUUACGCUCCACCUACGAUCGGCUUCGUAAAUGACAUGUCCCUGGUUCCGGUGGAUGCUGUUCCGCUUUUCAGCAAUGUCGAUUAUUCUGUGGGCAUGACCGUGAACUUCGCCAGGACCGAAGGAGGGUGGAGGCUAAUGGGCUCUACUCCAUAUGUUUCGCCCAAAGUGCCAACUUUGUAUACGGCCAUGACUACCGGCGACGAUGCGUGGAACCCUGAAGUGUAUGGCGCAAGCGUGAAUCCUUACAUAUUCGAGUCUGGAAAAGUCGUUGAGAUACGUGUCAACAACGCUGAUGCUGCAGGCCAUCCGUUCCAUCUCCACGGAAGAGAAUUCCAGGUUGUGGGCCGUACUGGCGGCGGCCCCGCUUUCACUUGGAACGGCAGCAUCCCUGCUAUGCCUAUGCGACGUGAUACCGUCGCGGUUCCCGGAAAUGGCUCGCUUGCUAUUCGCUUCAAGACUGACAGUCCCGGAGUAUAUCUCUUCCACUGUCACAUGGAAUGGCACGUCGAAGCCGGUAUGACCGUUACUAUCAUUGAGGACCCAAGCAGGCUUCAGAAGGAACAGUGGAUCCCUGAUAAUCAUCUUGAGAGCUGCAAGGCGUUGAACAUACCAGUUGCGGGUAAUUGCGCAGGCAACGUGGAAAACCUUUCCGAUAACUCGCAAUGCAACAACGCGUUCCCAACAGUACACAAUGGCAGGGUCACCGUCAGCGCCUGCACCAACAUCAGAGUCAUCGCCUGCACCAACAUCAGAAUCGGCGCCUGCUCCAACAUCACAGUCAACACCUGA